AUGCUAAGUCCAACACUAAAGAAUCUGAGCUUUCAAGUUUUAAUCCCAAUAACUGUAAUCUACUCGUUCAUAUUUCUGACUGGGGUUGCAGGAAAUCUGUGUGUAUGCCUGGUAAUUAUCCGGCAUAAAUCCCUGCACACAGCUACCAACUACUAUCUGUUCUCCCUGGCUCUAGCAGAUCUUGUCAUUCUUGUUUUAGGUCUACCCUAUGAGUUGACCAGCUACUGGCAGCAGUAUCCCUGGGUGUUUGGAGAACCUCUCUGUAAGAUCCGGGCACUCAUAUCUGAGAUGACGAGUUACGCAUCGGUGUUAACGAUAGUUGCUUUCUCUAUGGAGAGAUAUCUAGCGAUCUGUCAUCCUCUUUACCAGGACUACCCUCUUCACCAGCUAUCAUCAGUUGUAUUCUUUCUCUUCCCCCUCUGUGUACUAAUGUUCCUCUAUAUUAGGAUGGGUUUGAGUUUACACGAGACAAGUUUAGCGCGGACCCGGGAUUCCAGGGUCCAUGGGGCCACUACACUUAACAGGUCUAAGGAUAUGGUGCUCAGGAUGCUAGUUGCAGUGGUGGUUGCGUUUUUCCUUUGCUGGGCCCCGUUCCACGCUCAACGUCUUGGUUAUGUUUAUUUUAAACAUACAAGGACCUUCGGUCUGGUGAACGAAUAUCUGUUCUAUAUUUCGGGGUUUUUCUACUACUUUAGCGCGACAGUGAAUCCAGUUCUUUACAAUGUGAUGAGUCUGAAGUAUAGGCACGCAUUUAAAGCAACUCUAUGUGGAACCCCCAACACCACAGGAGUGUCUAGAACCUACACAUUCCGGUCAACUUUGAAUAGAACCCUGGACACAGACGCAAACAUUGAGAUGUCCUCAUUCAAUCCUUCAAAUAGAACUUCACUAAGUGGCAUGAGACUUUUAGAUAAUAAAAGCUUCCGAUCGUUUACAGGAGGACAAGAUCAGAAGGAAGGGGACAAGUAUAAGAGGAAAGGAAGAGGGGAGAUGGAUAUGUCCUGUCAUGUUAUCCAGGAAGAAGAACCAAGUAGCUCAACUAGAACAAAAUUGAUGAUUUGUUCAAACUCUGAGUUGGAUAAUAACUGCCUCAUCUCAACUAGAAAAGGUAAAACAUAAAUUUUGGCAAAUGAAGC